CAAUGCACUCCUUCAAAUUUGCGCGUGUACUUGAAAUGUCAACUAGAUGUCGUUGACUUUUUAAUGAGUAAAUGGUGAGAAAUACUUGUUAAGAUCUUCGAGCCUUACAAAUUAUAACUAACUAGAACUUAAGGUUGACAUAUCUGAAAGUCUUGGUGAUGACAAAAAAUUAAAUAAAUUUGCGCAUAGGAUCAAAUAAAUGAAAGUGGAUUGUUUUGUCUUCCAAAAAUGUUACUCUUUUUGUUGGUAAACUAGAAAAAUAAAAACCAAGGAGCUGAAAACAGACCUUCUUUUACACACACACACACAUAGAAGAACUGAUGAAAUGUCAUAACCAUUCAAUCACAAUGUUUCCUAUUGAAAAACGACAAAGACAUUUAUCAAUGAAAAGAACUAAUCGAAUUGUACUAGCACCCAUUCAGUAUAAAACACUCUUGUCAGAGGAAAAUCAAUUUCAUUGUCAAAUAUUUAAACCAAAACUAUCUGACAGUCGAAAAACCUUACAUAGAAUUUCGAGCAAUACCAAUAAUCAUACAUCAAUGAUAAGCUAUCAUUAUAAAUAUGGAUUCAGUUUAUCGGAUGAAGAUGGCAGCACAAACAGUGAAGUUACUGAUGACUCUGAGAAACGUGUCUUAGCAGCAUUUGGUCAACGGAAGCAUGUUGUAAAAGAAUUAGUUAAAACACAGAUAGAUUUUACAACAGAUAUGAAAACUGUUCUAUUGGUAUUCAAUUCUAUCACAAUGCAGGUAAAUGAAUCAGAUCGAUAUGCAUUAUUGGGAAAUUUGGAUCAAUUGGUUCGAGUUAAUGAUAAUAUAUCCAUGCUACUACAACAAGAAAUUGAUGAAUAUCCUGAUAAUCAAGUGGGCAACGCUUGUGUAGGUAAAUGUAUGCUUUCUUCAAAAUCCUCCAUAAAUGAAGCACUGAAGACAUAUAUUGUGAACUUUUCUGUUGAUGCUUCUACAAAGAGCCCAGAAGUUCAAAAGUUCGCAAUGCUGGGAUUUAAACGCUUACAAAUUGAACGUCCAAAUAUAAUGAGUUUAAAUGAUGAAUUAAUUAAACCAGUUCAACGAUUGGUAAAAUUAAAACAACUAUUUGAAUUACUCAAAGAUGUAACGCCAAUCAGUCAUCCAGAUUGUGCCGCAACGAUGGAAAUGUUUGAUAAUUUUAAUGAAUUAGCCUAUGAUGUCAACGAAGUAAAACGAUGGAAAGAUUUAUGUAUUAGUGCAUCUGAUGAAACAAAUAAAACCUCUAUCAUGGAUAUGGUUGAUAAAACUACCAAAAGAAUACUGACAAAAGUAGCACGUACUUGCAGUGCAGAAGUUAAUCGAAAAUUGCAGGUUCAGCAAAAGUUUACCGCUGAAAGAGAAACAAUCAAUCAAUUAGAAAAAUCGUGUACACUUUUACGUAAUGCAGUGGAAUCUCGUUAUAAAAAAAUGCAGAGUGUUAUAAUCGCUCAGAGAGAUUUUGUCUCACAACUGAAAGAAAUAUUUACACAAAACAAUAGAUUACAACUUCAUAGUGAAAUACCAAUACUCACUAAUUCGCCUAAUUGUUGUUUUCCUAUGGAGUUAAUAGAGGAUUAUGAAACUGCACUGAAUUCCUUAAUUAUACAUAUGCAAGAAACCUAUAUGAGAAGAUUAUCAUCCAGUGUUACAUCUCGUUUGGAUGAAUUAAAUCAACUGUUAAAUCAUGCAAAACGCUUAUUACAAAAAUAUGAUAGCACUGAACUAGAUAUUUUAUUACUGGAUGCUUCUGUAAAACAUCAGAAUCAAAAAAGUUCACAAUUUGUUGCUGCAAUUCAUGAACAGAAAGAAGAAAGCGUGCGAACCUUGUCUACUCUACAAUCUGGCCUAGAAAACAUGUUGCCUAAUUUCAUAAAACACUCAAAUAAUAUUUUACAAUCUGUCUGUCAAUACAGCUACAUCCUUCAUGGGAAUAUUAUGCAAGAAUUUGGAAAUUUACUUCAAAAAUGUAUUCAGGAGUAUGAAAGUAAUCAUCCUGAGAGACAAACCGAUCAGAAGAUAUCUCCUGCAGAGUUUAUUAAUCGAAUAGAUGAGUUGAAAUCCCUUCUACCUGAUCGAAAAAGUCGUCGUAGCCGACGAGCAAAUGAAUCAUCCUCCAGUAUACCUAAAAUUGAUCAAUUACAGUCAGAUGAAAAAGCCAGCACACUUCUUCAAGAAAUAGGUACGUUUCUAUUUGCCUUUCAUAUUUUUAUUUUCAGUUAUAUACUUUUCUUUAUAUAUUUAUUUAUUUAUUUCAGUAAAAUUAUUAUUUUAUGGGUUUUUAUCACUGAGACAUUUUCUGGAGAAAUUUUCAAAGUGAACCAGUUAUUUAUUUGUGUUUUCUGAAUUGUGAUCAUUAUCUUGAUGUUUAUUUUCCAAAAUUUUGUACUUUUCUGAUUGAUAAUCGAUCGAUUGACUUGUUCUGAGGCAUGGUAAUACUCAUUUGUAAUUGUAAUCUUCAGGAUCCGAAUACCAGUAAACCAGAGAACAACUUAGAAAGGAGAAAAGUCAGAAAUUCGUUUACAAUGGAGUUAUUUGUAUUGUAUAACUUUGAAAGAAGUAUUUCGUUUUAUAACACAAAGUAAAAGAUUCCAGUUUUAGGUUGUACUAGUUAUGUUGUAUUCGGUAUUAUUAUCAAUAUACCUUCGGGUUUCGAGUAGAGCAUACAACUUCAACAACAUAUCUCCAUUGUGUCCUGUCCUCCAUAUUCCUCCUUAGCUAGCCUCACGACAGCUCAUAAUUUCCCAUCUCCUUCUCGGAUGAUCACCUCCAUGUCACCAUGUAGCUCACGCCAACAGUCAUGUCUCAUUAGGCUUCCACUCAAGUGACUUACAAAAGAUUUCACACGAAAAUCUCCUCAGAGCGUGUCGUAUCCCUUUUCAUUCUCUUCAGCAUAUUUAUUGUGAGACAGGUAAUCGGUUGGUUCGUUGAUAUAAUUCCUUAUUGAUAAUCCUUUUUAGCCAUCUGAUUUUCAGUACAGUGCGAGGGUAACUGCUGAUAAAAGUUUUCAGUCUACUGGGAAUGCUGCUGGUGACACACCAACUCUUUGAACCAUGUAGAAGUACUGACUGACUGACUCAACAUUGAUGUUAAAAUUGAAUCUUGUUUUUAUGCUGAUUUUCAAACUGGUUUUAUAUUACUGAAUGUCUGUCAAGCUUUCUCGAUCCUAGGUGGUUUUAACAUCCUUAUUUGUGCCGUCUGGAGUUGAAAUAAUACUGCUCAAAUAAGUGAAGGAAGUGACCUCUUCCAUUGAUAGUGAUUGGUACUUCUUGUUGUUAGCCGUUAAGUAUCUUCAUCACCUCUGUCUUCUUUAUGUUCACUUAAAGUCUUGUCUUCGCUGCCCGCCUCUUCCUCCAACUUACUGGUUUCCCCCUGUAAGUCUUCGAAUUUAUAUUACACUAGACAUAAAUCGUCCUUGAAGUCCAGAUCUUCUAGAGUCUACUUAUCAACCCAACAUAUUCGUGUCUUCUUGCUCCACAUGGUGUAACACUGAAUUCAGUUCACCGCAAUAAGGAAUAUUAUCGAUCAUAGUAGGCAGUUUUGUCUCACUCUUGUCUUCACUUUAGUGUUAAUUGCUGAUAAAAGUUGAGUUGGAUAGAGACGUGGUUGAGAAUAAUCUGAAGUAAUGAUUAGGCGUAAGAUAACUACUGUUCUUACUAAUAAACUGUUGGUUGAAUUAGGGAAGGCAGUUGAUGACUUCCCGAAUAUUGUUAAACAAGUCUUUAGUAGUACAUCACCUAUUCUAAAUUCAGACUGAUAACCUAUAGACACAGGAGGACUAAUUAUUUAGAUAAUAGUGAAUAUGAUUACAAAUGUUACUACACUUCCGUUACUUUGUUAGCUUUAUAUGUGAAAAAUUUGUGGAAAAAUUGUUAUGACGUAAUGAUACACUGUAAUCAUUAAAUAAUAAAUAAUUGUCCAGGUAUAUUUUAUUUCAUCAUUUUUCUCAUUUGUUAGCUUCCGCCUUCAUCAGUUGAACAUUAUACUGAAAAUUAUAUUUUCUGGUGUAUAUAAAUAUUUCAUUAGUAUACUUCAAUGUCUUACAUAUAUAUUUCCUCACUCUGAACAUGCUAUACUGUUAAUUUGCUGAAACAGAAUCAUAAAUACUUUCUGUGCUUCACUGUCAUUGUACAACCGUGAUUCAAAUUCAAGUACAGAUUAUCGUAGCAGAAAAACCAGCUCAAAAGAAAAUAUCAGAAGAGAUACUUUAGAUCCAGUCUCAACACAAAAGUUGUACGAUGUGAAUCUGAUCGUGGACACAGUCGAAUAUCCAGUGGAAAUUCUUCAAAUUCUGAUUGCUUCAAACAAACACUUUUAAAACCAGAACAAGCUUCCACCUCUAAAGUGAAUAAAAUUGAAACAUUUUUAAACGAAGCUACUCAUAGAAUAAAUGAAGAUUUUUGUAAUCAGCAUAAUCUUUCUCUACCUAAAGGUCAAUUAGUAACUAUGAUUCGCUCCUACGAUUCAAACGGCAAUAAAGAUUGGAGUUUAGUGAAAUUUUAUCCAUACGGUGAAAUGCGAUUUGUACCGAGCAAUUGUCUUGAAACAGUUAAAAACUCCUAGAUGUAUUCCUCUUACAGAUAAUAUUAUUAUUAUUAUU